AUGUCGCUAACGAGUGUAAAGAUGUCGGAGGAUGUGUGGUUAACAUGUCUCACUCAUGCAUUAUCCACCGAGACUGAAGAAAUCAUGGGGCUUCUUCUCGGCGAUAUUCAGCACUCCAAAAAUGGAAGUGUAACUGCCCUAAUUUGGGGAGCAUUGCCACAACCAAGAUGUGAUAGGCAGAAGGAUAGGGUUGAGACAAAUCCUGAGCAGCUGACAGCUGCAUCAGUUCAGGCUGAGAUAUCCUUUAUAUGUAUUAAACUAUCAAUAUAA